GCUAGACACAACUUUUCAAAAGCAUCCCACAUUGAGCACGUCGAGAAGAUGGACUGUUGACGCUGGAAGAACGGGAUCUAUGGCAGGUGGAAUAACAUGUCAAAUGUGAAUUUCUUGUUCUUGUGUUGAAAAGGCCAGGAUAACUUUUUAAAACUAUUUUCGCAUUUUCUUGUUGAAUAUAAUUAUUCGUCGUAAAGCCUGUCCUCGCUAACGUUAUCCUGCUCAAUCACGAGGAAGAAGUCGCACUCGUCAAAACUUUCGGUUCUUCUGGAUGUUGUAUUUUUGAAGUUUGACCAGACAAAACGUCGUUUUGUACACACUAUUAUCUGUCCUGUGCAGACUGGAAUUACCAAGGAUUAAAACGGCACAAAUUUUGAACUCGACUGUUCAUUCAGUUUUCGAAUGGGAAUAUUAGGUUGGGUCAACUAUGAUUCUUCGGCAAAGUUGUACGCUGUGUUGUAAGCGUUCCGUCAGCAUUUUCCCCUCAGACACAGUGUUUAUGUCUUGAAACAAAGCAAAAAGUACGGAACGCAUCAAGUCACAGCACCGAGUAAAGAUGAUUUCAGAAGAACGAAGUACUAACCACAUCGCCAAGCAAGCCCUCAGUUUCCCCGUGGGUUUGUUAAUCCGCUCCCCUAAAAGACGCCUGGCAAAGCUGGGAAGAAAGCCAAGCAAUGGGUCCUUACAGUCCAACACCUCAGACAGCACCACACGUUCGGUGGAGAGCUCCACGGGCGUGCGGCAGCCGGCCAAGAGCAAGAUCCGGCGCCACAACAACCGGCUGUCCACCGUGUUCAACCGCAGCCCGCUGCUGCGGGAUGGGGGCAGCCGUAGCCUGGGCGGGCUCGGAGACCGGCCCGCAUCUGCCACCGACGACCCGGCAGAGCUCUCCAGCCAGAUGUCGGCCCCCGGCAUCCUAAAGAUCUUUGGCAGCGACAUCUGCCAGGGCGCCAACUACAAGAGCGUGCUGGCCACCACCCGUUCCAGUGCCAAGGAGCUGGUCAAGGAGGCCCUGGAGAGAUACUGCCUGGAGAAGGAGGACGCAUCCGAAUACGUGCUGUGCGACGUGAUUGGGCAGACGGGCGGUGCGGACCACCAGUGGAAGACGGAGUGCUUCCGGGUGGUGGGCGACCACGAGCGUCCUCUCAUGCUGCAGGCGCUCUGGAAGCCCAAGCAGGGCCUGGCCAGGCGCUUCGAGAUCCAGAGGAGGGCCGCGGUGGAGGAACGCAGCGCCCGGGACACAGACACUGUCACUGCGGGCCUGAAUGCGCAGGUGCGUAAGCUGACGCGGGGCCGGCACCGCGUCACCUCCCUGUUUGUGGACGGCAGCAGUGAGGGUAGCGAGGCGGACGGCCCUCCCAUCUGGCGGAGCCUGAGCGACAUGGACGUGUCGGCCAUGGGCCAGGAGGCGCGCCGCACCCAGCUGGCCCUCGGCAGCAGCAGCAGCAGGGGAGGAGACCCCUAUAGCACCACCUCCUCCUCCUCAGCCCCCACCACCCCCGCCACGCCGCCGGCCAGCCCGCCGGGCAUGGCGGCCCCCGACAGCCCCGAGGCGGACAGCCUGCGCACGGAGAAGGAGGAGACGGAGAGCAGCGACGACAACAGCACGCAGUACUCCAUCCACCCGCCAUUCGACUUCCCGUACUUCCUACUGCUGCAGGGAUACAACUACCGACAGGACUUUGUGAUCUACCUGCUGAGCGGUAGCAGCUGUGUGUUUGGCUGCUGGUCCGAGCACCGCCAGGGGGAGGACGAGGAGCGGCUGAAGGUAGACGUGUUGCUGUUCGCCCCCGACGUGCUGCCCCAGCACUGCCGUGUACGCCGCCAAGACGCCAACAUCAGCGAGUACAGCGACGGUGAGGGGAAACACAGCAGUGGCGGCGGCGGCGUUGUCACCCUUCUGGAACCGUUCCAAGGGGCCGUGGUGACCCACAACGGGGUCCCCGUGAAGCACGAGGCGGCCCUCAGCCCAGGCGACCUGGUGGGCCUGGGCCAGCACUACCUCUUCAUGUUCAAGGACCCCACGGCCACCGCUGCCAGCCAGCUGCCACCCAACUGGGUCACCUGGAUGAGCCCAGCGCCCGGCGAAGAGGCCCCUGAGGGACGCGGGAGAGCCGCCUGGAUCGUGGGUACUGGAGGCAAAAACGUUAGUGGUGGUGUUGGGGUUGGGGGGCGCAGGAGGUUUGGGAGGCCCAUCCUGGCGUGGAGGGACCUGGAGGGCCGGGAGCUGUGCCUGCCGUACGAGCUGCCCCAGGAGGACCGGCUCCUGGAGGAGAUCCUGGCGGCGGUGGACCCGGCGGCCGGCGGAGCGGAGCAGCCCAAGCUGACGCCCGCCUUCCUGCUCUGCCUCUGCAUCCAGCACUCGGCCGCCCACUUCAAGAUGGCCAACCUGCGCCGGCUGCUGCUGCGCCUCGCCAGCCAGAUACAGCUGGCCAUGUGGGAGAGAACCAAAGAGUUAGCAGUCAUCCAGCCAGACAGGAGCUGUGCUGUGGAGCCAGAGGAGCCAGAGGAGCUAGAAGAGCCAGAGGAGCUGGAGGUGCGUCCUCUCAGCAUGGCCCAGCUGGUGCCGGGUCUGCAGCCGCUGGUGCUGUGGAUGGCCAACUCUGUGGAGCUGCUGCACUUCAUCCAGCACGAGGUGCCCCUGCUGCUGCCCUGGGGCCAGAGCAGCGGCACACAGCAGGGGGAGGAGGAGGACCAGCACAGCACAGGCCUGAAUGACUCCCAGAUCCUCUCCACUCGUGUGGCCAGUGAGGAGGCCAUGACGGUGCUGGAGGAGGUCAUCAUGUUCACCUUCCAGCAGUGUGUCUAUUACCUCACCAAGAGCAUGUAUGCGGUGCUGCCGGGGCUGCUGGACAGUAACCCGUUCUGGGAGAGCGAGCUGCGUGUGCCGGCGGGCGUGAGCGCGGUGCUGGAGGUCCUGCAGGGGGCGCUACAGUUGCUGCAGGCCUUUCAGGUACACACGCAGAUCUCCUCCCAGCUGCUCGCAUACCUCUUCUUCUUCACCAACGCCUCGCUCUUCAACACGCUCAUGGAGAGAGGUUCUGGAGGCGGUUUCUACCAGUGGUCUCGUGGGGUCCAGAUCCGGGCCAACCUGGACCUGCUCAUGGACUGGAUCCAGGGUAUCGGGCUGGCGGACCUCGCUGGCGAAUUCUUCCAGAAGCUUUCCUGUGCCGUCAACCUGCUGGCCACGCCCAAGGAGAACUUGCUGCAGGCGUCCUGGUCGUCUCUGAGGGCGGAGUUCCUGCACUUGACGCCUGCCCAGCUGCACCACAUGCUGCGGGAGUACAACCCCGGCAGAGCCUGCCCCUCCAGCUGGAGCCCCACGCCAGAGGAUGCUGACGCAGCGCUCAGAACCAGCGACAUCCUGGAGAGUUUUGACAACCACCCGCCGCUCAUCCUGCCCAGCCACACUUUCCACCUGGAGCUGGGCAAGCCCGUGGUGGACUCGGGGCUCUUCCGCCAGCUCCAGAAGAUGCAGGAGUUCCUACGCAACCUCCCUGUCACAGACCCCACCAUCUCCCAGACUCCAGACGAGCACCAAUGCCUGACGUCCCCCUCCACCAGCGAGUCCCAGACCAUCCCCUCCAUCCCCUCCUCGCCCAUGUCCUGGUCGGAGGCCCACCGCCGCCGCAGCGCCGCCUCCACCCGCGACACGCCCGACUCCACGCAGACGCGCGGCUCCGACAGCGAGCUGAGCUCCUGCGAGGCCGGCCUGCUGACCCAGAAGCUGGAGAGCCUGGCGCUGCAGAGCAGCCUGCCCGGAGACGCCGGCCUGGGCAUCCACAAGAGCCUGGCCCUGGACCCCUCCUGCCUGCUCACGCCGCCCAACACGCCCCAGAGCAUGGAGCAGGCAGAGCUGGAGGCCAGCCUGCAGGAGGGGGCGCAGCACAACGCACGACACCGCAAAGCAGGUGCUGCAGAGCAGCGUAAGAUGAGCAGGGAGGAAGAGGAGGAUGACGAGGAUGAAGAGGAGAGGGAGGAGGUGUUUACUGUGGAGCUGAAGAGGGGCCCGCACGGCCUAGGACUCGCCCUGGUGGACGGCAUGAAAACUCCCCUGAAGAUGACUGGCAUCUACAUCAAGUCUGUGGUGCCCGAAUCGCCAGCCGCCCGCAGCCAGAAGCUGAGGCUUGGCGACCGCAUCCUGGCCGUCAACGGAGUCAGCCUGGUGGGCAUGGACUACCACACUGGCCGAGAGCUGAUUAGGACGGCUGGUGACUCUCUGCGGCUGCUGGUGGCCAAGACAGAAGCUCGAUGCAGCGGCAGGAGCUCCGUGACCAAGUGCUGAACCAACAAAAUAUGGCAAUCACACACACACACACACAGACACACACAGCAGUGAACAUUAUGGAUGCUACAAACCAAAUGGAGCUCAGUUCUGGGAAAGCUGGUCACACACACAGUGGUGGAGGUCCCCUGGAAUAGCUGGAUUUCUUGAGGGCUGAGAUAUAAAGUCCCUUAAGAUGAAGAGAACCCCAAAUACCUCUCUGUUUCUCUGACCCAACCCUGCAGCCCCUACCAGACAGACAUGCACAGACACACAUUUCCAUGAGAAAUAUGACUGUUCUUAAUUCAGGUCACACAGGAGUCGUGAAACACACAGGUUACAUCCACAACUGUGGAUACAAGGGACUCUACAGGCCUGCGAGGCUUUUCUCCACUGACUCUCUGGCAGAAAUACAGAAUUGGGCAGAAACAUAGAGGCUGUGAAUGCAGGAGAAGAAAAGAGACAAUUGAAACAGAGACUGGCCUUUUCCUUCUCCCUACGUUUCUGUGAGUUCACCUGUUCUUUCAUGAUCAACACCAACAAACAACACAUCACACCCAAUCAACACCCUAUCUAUGUCAUCUAUGGUUGUGCAAGAGCGGGUGUAUUCCGUGGUCCGUACCAAAGAAAACAUCCUCACCAAUUUGAAACCUACACUUGCCCAAACCUGAGCCCAGAAGAGCUCUGGCCUCACUACUGUGCUUACAGGGGAUUUUCGGAGGCGUUUGGGACUAUUUCAGGUUGUGUUGUGUUGUGAGGUCUAAAGCACAUUUGACCAUCCCAUGUAAUUCUGCUGGUCCUGGGCUAGAGGACUGCGGUGAACAGAUGCCUUGGCUCUGCAAAGCUAUUUAUACACUUGGCCAAGGUCACUUCCACUCCAGCCGCCCGGCAAACAGAACCACACAGAACCCACGCUUCCCCCGCGUGUCCCUUAAUAGCCCAGAGGCAUAUCCGUAUACAUACAUGUACCAAAUAUUACCGAGGGGCACAACACAGUUGUGAGACUUUUCAGUGUGCCAGCCAUCUCAACACUUGGUGUUGUCAUUGCUUUGAAAAAAAAAAGUAUUUUCUCUAUUUCCUCUGUGGCUUUUAAAAAUGUUGUAAAAGUUGCGUUUGCAUCAGUGACUGAGAUGUGUGGAUGCUGGAUCUAUGACCUCUGAGACGCUCUUGGAUAAUGGCCGUGUUUGUUUUUUAAAAUGCCUUGAUGAUGUCAACACCCCCUCCUAUACCAGUUCAGCAGUGUUAUUGUUCCUGAUUUUUACAAUCGACAAAGAAUUUUUUUGUAAUAUUUCUAUAUGUUAAAAUUGUCAUAUAUAUUAUAUAUUUAAUAAAUAUUUGGAAAUGAAAAUGUGA